CCAUCUAGAUUUGUGGACAUCACCCAAGCCAAACACCAUCGAAAGGAUGCUCUAACACCAUCGUCCGGGCAUCCUGUCAUCCAUCCCCGUCCAUCGACUUGCGUUGUAGAUCGUUAAAAAAAAACCGAUAAAAUAAUUGAAAGGUUUAGUAGUCAAAUAUGUACCACCUACUACCAUUAUAACUCAGAGAAAAAGAAGUCAACAUCUUUUUUGGUUCUUCUAUCACUACCACACUCAAGCAUCAAAUCAACCCAAAUGGCCACUACAUAAGACGGACACCCGUAUUAUUAUUAUUAUCGCCUCUGUUCCCUAUGGAGGAGAACCCUCUUCACCUGAAUCCAAACCUCCAUUAUUCCAUCAUCAACAUCCUAGAAUCUAAGUCCUUGUCAUGGAUCUUCAUUGCGGAUCACCGUCACCCAUGGCGAGCAACACUCUCAUGGAUCACCUUCUCCCUCUUAACUUUUGCGCUUCCGGUUUUCUCCCACUUGGCUCUUCAGCGGCCCGUGUAUCAUCACGAUCACCUCCGGCCUUUCGAUUGGAUCGUUCAAGUGUCUCUUUCGUUGUUUUCCACGUUGUCCUUCGUUAGUCUCUGGCGGUUUACUCGGAAGUACGGUCUCCGCCGGUUUCUGUUUCUUGAUAAGUUGGAUAGCCUUGGUGAUAAAGUUAGACGAAAGUAUUUAGAGGAGGUUCAGAGAUCCACAAUGCUUCUAUGUGCUUUCAUCUUCCCAUGUUUUGUUUGUGACGUUAUUUACAACAUAUGGUGGUUCACCUCAGGAGGGGCCCACAUACCCUACAUUUACAACUUGUACCUUAGUCAUGCCAUAGCAUGCUUGAUACACCUGACUUGUUGGUUAUACCGGACAUCACUAUUCUUGCUUGUUUGUGUUCUUUUCAAACUCACAUGUUCUCUGCAAAUACUUAGGCUGGAAGAUUUUGCUCACGUCUUUGAAAAGUUAUCGGAUGUGGGCCCAAUAUUGGUCCAACACCUCACCAUCAAACGAAACCUUCACGUUAUAAGCCAUAGGUUUCGUGCGUUUAUCUUAUUGACAUUAAUACUGGUGACAACAAGCCAGUUCGCUUCUCUGCUUGUUACAACUGUGGACGGCGCAGUUGUAAAUGUAUCUACCACUGGAGAACUCGCGUUAUGCUCUGUCACGCUUGUGUUUGGUCUGUAUAUAUGCCAACGCAGUGCAGCAAAGAUCACACACAAAGCUCAGUCCUUGACAAGCUUGGCCACGAAAUGGCAUAUGUGUGCUACCACCCACAAUUUUGUUGAUAUGGGCAACAAUGAUGAAAACUCAAGGGAUAAUAUUACUCCACGAAUGGCCGAUCUGGAUUCAGAAAAUGAGGUUGGAGAUGGUGAUGAUGAACUAGACAACACAAACUUCAUUCCGGUUUAUAAGAACACAAUUUCAUACCAGCAAAGACAAGCUUUAGUGACAUAUUUUGAGAACAAUGAAACUGGAAUCACGGUGUAUGGGUUCAUGUUAGACAGGUCAUCUAUAAACACGGUCUUUGCAAUUCAAUUGUCACUUGCGCUAUGGUUGUUCGAUAAGACAAUUGGCUUCGGUUGACGUUUAGCUUAUUGAUUUUUAGAACCAUCCUAGGUAUUACAAAUUUUGUAACAUUAUUCUACAAAAGUUGAGAUAAAAAAGAACAAGAUGGGGAUUAGGACAAAGAGUUUUGUAUGUUUCACCCUAGUUAGUUCAUUACAUGUAAAUUUAAAAUUAUGUAGUUUUAUAACUAGUGGAAAUGCCUUGUGCAUAAUUUAGGGUGAUGGGAUUAUAUGUGUUGUGAAAAAUAUGUUGCUAAAUUGAAAAUCACACGAUUUAUAAAGGGCCGUAUAAUUAUGCAUAA